GUGAUGCUAGUCGGUCAACACGUGGGGAGGAGAGAUUGACUUUCCAAGGGGACACGUCCGAAAAGGCACAUUGUCAGUGGAGUUCUCAUCGUGGCGGCACAGAGGAACCUAAAACACUGUGUAGCUGCUAGUGUCCUGAGGAAAUGCCGCUGAGGUUUCGCUCUGUUGUACCUUACACACUACCCGGAGUACUUGCACUAAUCGGCUGGUGGUGGUACAUCUCACGGAAGAAAGAACGACUCAUCAGUCAUGGCAGCCCAGAGGGGGCUCCAACUGAUACAGCCAUUAUAAAAUCUCCAGCAGAGGGUAGCAAUGGUUUGGUAGAAAAAGGCGCCAUAUCCCCCACAAAUGACACUGAAUGCCACACCAACACAUCUCCAAAUGUCACCAGCCAGAAAACGGAUAAUGAAAACAUUUCCCAUAUCCAUGUUCAGGACACUGAAGCAGCACCUUUAUUAAGACAAGGUUCUGAUGAAGGUGCUGCUCAUCCUGGCAGAAUAAGAGAAGAAGUCCUUAAGCCUUCUGUCUUGACUCAGCCAUCAUCUGGCAAAGAAGAAACCCUGCUGGUGUCAUUGAAAGACAAUAAAGAUGCAGAGGAAAGCUUGUCAUUUGAUGUGGUCAUAGAGCCAGAGAAACAGCAGCUCAAAGAUUCAGCCUCUGCUUUAUCAUCAUCGGUAGAGGAGGUCAUCCUGCCUUGCCAGUCUAAUGAAGUCACCAUCUCCCCCUCCACAACAACCUACCUUUCUGAUGCAGAGAGGCCUGAGCCAGAGGGAGAGGUAGCAAAGCACCACAGCACUAUUAAUACGCAAGAUGAGGUCAUUGUUUGUGCAGUCACCCCAGCCAAAUUGCAGAGAGUGGUCCCAUCAGAGGCCGUCUCUCAAGAUACACCACCUUCGUCGCAGGAUUUCCACCAACACAUUCUAACGAGCACACCAGCCACUGCAGACCCAACUGUCAUUGCUUUGACCACGGCGCCAGACUCCCUCACCUUAUCCGUGACCCCAGAGGACAUCCAAAUGCAGAGCAACAGUGGAGGUGAGCAGGAUCUGGAGCUUCUGGCAGCUGGACUCAUUUAUGGGGUCAUCUCGGCAGCCACCCAGGAGGUCCUUGGUGUCACCAGGUGCCAGAUCACAGACAACAGCCAGCCCAGCUGCAGCAGCGGCAACAAUAGCAGUCCACCAUUGGCUAGCAGCAGACAAUGCUCCAAACAGGAGCCAAUAACAACACAGCAACAACAUCACCUGCUGACAAGUUCCAUGCCAAUCAACGGCGAGUCUAGAGAGACACCAGAAAAAGAACAGCAGGGGAUGACCAAUGGAUGCUCCUCAGCACCUGUAUGGGAGCCUGUUGAGAUCAGUCAUAGGGAUCAUGAGACAGACAAUGAUCAGGCAGGCCACUGGCCUACAGCAACACAGGACGCAGCACAGGACGCAGCACAGAGCAUGCCUCUGCUAAACAUGAAACUGAAAGGUGACGAAGCAGCCGUGCUGGCCGAGGACUCAGCUUGCAGCACAUGUCACUCUGAGGACGGCAUCAGCAGCGAGGACCUCCACAACAGCACGUUGGACAACCAAAUAGAUGUGAUCCAAGUUACAGACUUGUCAGAAAAGGAAGCAGAACAGACUCAGUCACUAGCUGAGACCUCCACAGAGGCAGCCGGUUUGCCCGUAACAGACGAAAACUCAUUGGAUUCUGUAUGUGAGAUAAAGAGGCUCAACGGAGUGGGUCUGAGGAAUGGAGCUCAUGGGACAUGUGACAUGGAGACGGACCAGGACCAGUCUGGAGGCUCUGAUGUGAAUAGUAUGGACUCCGUUGACAGCGGCUGCACUAUGGGCACAGGGGAAAGCCAGAGCAACCAUGCUGCUUCCUUGAGCUCUGAGCUUGCUAUUUGGGAGAUAGAGGUGCCAAAGCAUCUUGUCGGACGGUUAAUCGGGAAGCAGGGGAGAUUUGUGAGUUUCAUCAAGCAGAACUCUGGUGCAAAGAUCUACAUCUCCACCCUGCCUUACACACAGGACUUCCAGAUAUGUCAUAUAGAGGGUGCACAGCAGCAGGUUGACAAAGCCCUGUCGUUGAUUGGGAAGAAGUUUAAAGAUCUGGACAUGACAAACCUAUAUGCACCUCCACCACCUGCACUCACAUUGCCAUCACUUCCCAUGACUUCCUGGCUCCUGCUUCCCAGUGGAGUGACCGUUGAGGUGAUAGUGGUGAACAUUGUGUCAGCCGGUCACGUCUUUGUCCAGCAGCACACUCACCCUACCUACCACGCCCUGCGAAGUCUCGACCAGCAGAUGUUCCUCUGCUACUCCCAGCCCGGCACCCCGGCCUUGCCGUCACCUGUUGAAGUUGGUGUGAUCUGUGCAGCCCCAGCGGUGGAAGGUGCCUGGUGGAGAGCUCAGGUCAUCACUUUUUACAAAGAAAGCAGUGAAGUGGAGAUCAGAUAUGUUGAUUACGGAGGCUACGACAGAGUAAAGAUUGAUUCAUUACGGCAGAUAAGGUCUGAUUUUGUAACACUACCAUUUCAAGGUGCAGAAGUACUGCUUGACAACAUUGCCCCUCUUCCAGGAGAGGAUCGAUUUUCACCAGAGGCAACAUCGGCGUUGGAGGAGAUGACCAGAGGAGUGCCACUGCUUGCACAGGUAUCAAACUAUGACAACAACACAGGUCUCCCACUGGUCCACCUGUGGAACAUGGUUGGAGAUGAGGUGAUCUCAGUGAACCGUACGCUGGCAGAGAGAAGCCUGGGUGUCUGGGUGGAAGGAUUUUUGAACUAACACGCUCUGACUUUUACAACUUCAUCCUCCCGCGUUAUUCUGUCGUGGUCAGCGUUGUGGGAGCCACCCCCACCACUGGAUCGAAGAAGAUUUGUUUUUCUUUCUUUUUUCUUUUGUUAUUGUCCUCUUUACCCUUCCCCAUACCUUUUGAAAAGAAAUUAAAAAAGUAAUUGCAGGCAUAAUCCACAAGAACACGGCACUGCUUCGAAAUGAGACGACCUCCCCCUCUGAUACUUGUACACUAAAUGAACUUGAAGAGGUACAUGGAGUUUUUUUUUUUAAAAAAAGAAUCUAUAUUAUAACUAAAUAAAGGUGCAGCAAAUAUUUUUUUUCCUCCACCCAUCCUACCUUAAUUUUUGCUCUGGGCCUUUGCACUUUGACUGUGGAUCAUCAUGCUGUGUGGAGAAACUAUGUUCUAAAUUGUCACUGACACCACGGCGGGAGUCGCGUGCAGGUCUGGAUAGAAUGGUGGGGGACAGAAAGGCUUUGGAGACUGAAGGGUAAAGGGAGGAUCCUGGUGGAGCACAGAGCACCAACUGCUCUGACACUGACUUUUCUGGUGUCUCCAUCCAGAGCUGUAGCGGCACCUUCAACCAGGACAGGACCCCUCCGCUUUUCCUUUGCUCCAGUUUUUCUCCACCAACUUUCACUGCGUCACAGAUUAACUUGUGGGAGUUUCAUGUUACCACACCAGGGAAACUUAGGCAAGAUCUCUCAAAUUAAUUCAUUUCAAGGUACUUUUGGACAGAGAGCAUUUUGUCGGUUUUUAAUCCUCACAAUGACGUUCUGUCAACUGUAAAGAUCCAACAUGAGAGCAUGUUUGCACCGUCUAAACCCCGACCUUUAGACGUCAAAGUCCUGAUGGUGAAUGAUACACACCCACGGAGCACUUUAUUAGGAACACCAGCUUGUACAUCAACUCCAGCAGGAGAGUGGCAGCAGAGCAAAACCUUGAAUGAUUUUGAGUUUAGAAGAGCAGGAGAUUAAUCAGCAGAUGAUAUGCAUGUCCAGAUUUUAUGCAGAUUGGGUUUUGACAGCAAACAUUUGCAGGUGGUUUGGUUUGAUACAUGAUGCAUCGCAGUCUGAACACUCUGGCAGCUCAAAUCAGAUUUUAAAUUGUACUUUGCUUCACUCUAAACAACAAUGAUGUCAAAACCAAUCCCAAAUGCACAGCUGAGCUGGCUGGGGCUGAAACAUUGCAAAAUACGUUUAUCUUCUCUUCACUGCGACAUAACAGGCCAAUUGUUUUGAGAGAUUCACCUUUUCCACACCACACCUCUGGGUAUGCAUGCUGCGUUACCACGGCAACCCUUGCAGAAACACUGGAUAGGACCGUCUGCCUGAAAAUAUCUGAUCUCAAAAGAAAGUAGUUGGUGGAACUGAGAUUUAAGAUUCUUUGUCAUUCCAACACACAUUGCAGUCUCUCCAGAACCCGGUCUGCCCAAACAAUAAAAAAACAAACAACAAUUUAAACUUAAAGUAUAGAAUUAAAAACUUACAUCUCUGGAGGUAAAGUGCUGAGAGACUAUAAAAUAAUUAAAAAGAAUAGAAUAAUACAUUUUAAAAUGUAAAUAACUGCUGUGGUAGUGUAUAAUAAAAUUAGUGCAAAGAGUGAGAGAAGUGAGGAUGAACUGAGGCUGUCCGGAGAGAGGUCAACUGGUGAUGUUCUAAUAAAGUGCUCGCUGACGGUGUAUUUGAACACUCUUUUGCUCCAAGUUAAGAACAGGAGCUGAAUGAUCAUUUGGUGCAUUUUUGUCUCUCAAAAUACUAUCAAAACGACAAUUACAAUUAAAUUUUGAGGUGAAACGGCUGCUAGAGGUCAGAGGUGACGGUUCUACUCCCGCACGUCACUGUACGGUUUCAUCCUCUGACCAAAGAAAUCCAGACUUGGUGUGCUGGUUCACGGCAUUAAUACACUACGUUAGUGAUUGAUGUGAUGUAAUUAUAAUGUGCAGCAGACUGACCUCGACACACUUAUACAAGGGAGACCACUGAAAAGGAGACGCCACUGUUGCCCUUCACUGUAGAACUAUGACUGCGUCAAAUGAACUCUGGUGUUAAAGCUGCACUAGGCAACAUAUUUAUGACAUAAUCAAUCAGUAAACCCAUAUUGAUCUUUCAGCGUGAGGUUCAUCAGGUGAUCUGAGAGAGAGAUUGCCCAAUCAUAGGUCAGUGCAGAGAGAAGGGACGCCCCUACAGCUGCAGCUUUAACUUCUCUUUAUAGCGACAACAGUUGAGAUGAUUCCAGAUGAUUUAGAAACAGAUGUAAUGAAGUCCAUUCUGGAUCAUUCUGGACAUCAUCAUCGUCAGAGCCAUGAAUUUAAAUAGUGAUGCCUGCAGAGAGUGACGCAGGGAAUUGGGAUAUUUAUUGAAGGGAAUUUGAACAAUAUGAUGGGAUGUAUUAUUGAAGUACAUCACUAACAUGAAACAGUAAUGUCACAAAAGAAUGCGUUGCUAAUUUUAUGGGGGAGAAGUAACGGCCGAAUGUAGGACAUGGAAAAUGAAGGCAAAAAUCAGCUGUUGUUGCCAUGGUAAUGAAUCCCAGUUAGUUCUGAUUGGCAGAAAUGUCAAUAACAAUUAAUUUUCACACAUGAAGAACACAGCGGGAGGUUUUCAUGAUCGGUCGUGUCUUUGAGUCAAGGACGCGGGAAGUUACCACACAAUUCCCUGCUGUCUUCUCUCAUGGACGAGAGCCUCUCUGGACAGCUUCAGUGCAUGUGUGAAAGCAGCUCUAAGUGAACUAAGUGUGCUGGAUCAGAGUCAGCAUCAUUUCUGUUAGGCAGAACGAUCAGGUGGUUUGAUGUUUUAAGUUCACGUGCAAUGAUUAAGAAGCAUAGACUGUAUAUAAAAAUGGACGUGGUCUUCUGGUUGCAAAGCAAACUCGGUCAGUCUCACUGGUGUCCACUCGCGUGUCAUUCUUUAUCGUCUAUUUUCCUCCAAAUGGGAACAUGAUUUACAAAACUGACGUGUUCCAUUGACGAAGACCUGAAACUCGUGAUUGAGACCAUAAACUCCUCAGGAAAACGUUUUAAAUCUCUCAUUUUCCUACAGACUUUCAUUCUAAUGGAGUUCUUUUGCAACCAGCAGAGUCGCCCUCUGGUGGCUAAUUGCUACUUCUGCUACGUCUUUCUUCCUGGGCUCCACUUUUCAAACCGGAAGACCGCUUCAAUUUUUAUAUACAAGCUAUUCUACAAAAGCCAGGUUUAAAGGUCCAGUAUGUAAGAAUUAGUGACAUCUAAUGGUCUUUGUUUGUUUAAUUUUGCUUCUGCUUCAAAAUAUGUGUGAUUUGUCCUUUUGGGCUGCUGUAAAAACACUGCAGAGUUCAUUUAGAAACAGACAAAUGAGCUUUAUUUUUAGUCUCCUCCUGUGUUUGAAAACUUGAACGGAUUUGUCACGAAGUCAGACCGCGUGUCUCUGUAUUUGCUCUUCUGAUAAUGAUCGCGUUAGACUGAACACGAAGCAGCCGUGUGAGGGCAAAGACAAAGGGAUUCACUUCCACCUCACGACUGCCGUUACGAAAACAUUAUUUGUACACCUUUUCAUUUUCUGUGGAAACAAAGUCCAGGUUCUUUUAGCAAUAAGGCAGCUUUAUUUGGACAAUUUUUUAGGACAGUCUGUGGGUGUAUAUGUUCUGUAUCUGACACUAAGGACAAGCAAAGUGAACUGUAACGUAGGUAAACUUCAAUAAUGUAUCUCAGGAAAGGUUAAAAAGGCGAUUGCGUAAUAAAUGGACUGUGCUUGAACAUAUGAAAUGCUGGCGUACAGGAAAUUGUAAUGACGUGAAACGUGUUGAGGGAGGUGAAGCGCACGUUGGUGGUGUUUGACGUUGGCUUGUGUGCAUCGCUCCUCACAUGAACUCGGCUCCUUACUCUCCCUGCUUUACUUUUUAAUCUAUAAAUUAAUGUAAACCUCUUUGCUGCCCAUAGACCUUGUAGAGCUCUGUUCAUUUCUCUGUACAAAAGAUACUCGGUACUUUUCUAUAACACUGGAGACAAGCAGAUUUAAAGGGAACAUGUGUGUUUUUGUUAAUGAUGUUUUUUUCUUUGGUCUGGUUCACCCUGCCUCUCCCUCUCCUUCUGUCACUCAGUGUUCCCACACUGUGCCGGGGCUGAUUUCUAAGUGUUUGCACAGCUAGACAAGUCAUCAUUUGAUUAUUUAAAUGGAUGUUCAAGCUGUCGUGCCCAAAAGCAUUUACCAUGUACAGACCAGGUUAACCUUCUCUUUUUUGUUGCUAGGCUCAUCUGUAAGUUUGAUUUGCUGAUUGUACAGAUCUAUUAGAGAGAGACAAAAGUAAUAAAAGUUAUUGAAAGUG